AUGGAGCCAAGCCAAAAUAAAAACACGUUCGACUACUCUGAGAUUGGAGAAGAAACAAAUGACGAUCCUGAAAUUUCCGACGAGAAGGAAGAUAAACUCAAUGCCUACAUGAAAAAGCACGAGGAGGAAAGAUUACAUGACAUUCUACCCCGUGAAAUGAAAAUCGUAAUCGAAAAGCAGGAAAAGGAGGAAGAUCAGAGAGUUAAAUCAGUUCAAGCUGAACACUCUCUGACUUCUUAUUCUGAAAUAAAACCAAUUGUUCUGAAAAGAAACAAUGGGAUAACUGAAAGUGGUGAUAAUUCCCCAGAAUCGCACAGUGUGUCUCAAACCUACACUGAUAACUCUGGAAAAGCCGUUGAUUUACCAAGUAAUGGAAUGCCAAGCAAUCCAAAAACUCCAAAACCAAUGGUCCCGCCAUUUCAUCCCAAGGGGCACAUUGUAGUACGUGAAACCAAGGCUUCAAGAUUAAGGAAGUAUAGAUUACAGAUGGAAAAUGAUCUAGAUGAUGUACAGAACGUGUUACCGGCAGUCAAAGCACGGGACAAACACCCUGUAAAAGAUUCCUUGGCAAAAAGUCACAGAAGAACUCUGUCAACUUCUACAGCUAAAGGACGACCACGGCCAGGAUUUCAUCCGCCCCUCAAAUUUCACACCCCAGGGGACUAUCCCAAUGGUGACCUUAUUCCACCACCAGAUUUCGCCGUCCGGGAGACUAAAGCUUCGAAGCUUCGGCGGCUAAAGAAAUUAGAAGACGAAAAGCGAGAGCAGGAGACUUUAAAAGAUAUGACAUUUGAUAUACAGGUUAAACCAUUGCAAAGACAACGAUCUCCACCACCAACGUUCAAACCAGCUCCCCCCAAACCAUACAAAAAGCCUGAGCCAGUGUUCAUUAAAGAAACGAGAGCGUCCAAAUUGCGGAAACAACGGGAGAUAGAGGAGGUAAAUAAUAAAGGCACAUUGAAGAGAGACAGAACACUUUACGGGACACAGCAAACAAAUGCCAAAGAGAUACCUUCUAAAUCAAUCACAGUUCAGGACAAAGAACGGAAAAAUCGUGAAGUGAAGCGACCCAAAACAGCAAAGGCCCCUCGGUUAUUACCUACAAUUUCUCAAAAUCCUGAUGAGCAGCUAUCUGAAAAUGUUUCUGUAAAUCAACUGCCCAAAGAUUCUACACAAACUGGAAGAAGAACUGUAUACCGAACCUCUACUACAGCAUCUGAUAACAACACAUUGUCAACAGAUAAAACAUCCCUUAAGAUUUCGACACCAAUUUCACAAAAACAACGAGCAUCUGUUGAUAUUACUACGUCUAGAUUGUUUGAAGUAGACAAGAUGCAACAAAGAAAGUGCAGGACUCCUGAUUGGUCGGCGAGAGAUAGGCUAUGUAGGUUGAAAGUAGAACGAGGUUUGGAGGUUGGAAAGAAGAUUAGAACAGCUAUGGAGGAAGAUGAAAAGAAUUGGCAGGCAGAAUUGAUAUCUGAAUUUGAAAACGUAGAACGUCCAUUUCUAUUUGGAAAAGCUGAUGACGAAACUAAGCGUCUUGUUAAAGAGGCUUUAUGUAUCCUGAGAGAAUGUUUAGAAGCGAGCGAUACAACAGAGACGAGUAAAUCAAAAGUAAAGUCAUUUCUGAGUAAUAAAUUCAAAGAAUAUUUCACUAACAAAAACAGGGCAGGUAGAGAUAAUAUUAAAAAUGGACACUUGAGGAAGAAAAGAGAAGAGAAAAUUAAUGCAUAUUUUGGAAGAACUGUUCAAUCGUUAAAUAGGGUGUUGAUUGAUGUAUGGGAAAGAUUUAACGAUCAACAAGAUACUUAUCGGCAAAUGUUGGAGAAAAUAACUCUACUGGAGGAAAUGUUGAAGAAGUGGAAAUCGGAGGCUAAGCAUCAUCGAUUCAUGCACACCAUGUUGAAAAAAGAUUAUUUAGAGGGAAGAAAGGAGAGUUGGUAUUUGUGA